GCUAGUUUAUAUAUAUGUAAUCAGUAUUUGUGUAUAAUUAAUUAAAUAUUCAGGAGCCAAACAACGAAGGGCAUUUGGAUAGCCAAGUGUGUCGACAUUGAGCCUUGCACCAUCGCCAUGGAUUUGGAGGGUAGCGAUAGCAGUGAGAGAGGCGAGGAUGACAAUACAUUCGAGAAACGGAUCGCCCUAUUUGCGCUGGCAGUUUCGGACAUUUUGCUCAUAAAUAUGUGGUACCAUGAUAUUGGUCGGGAGCAUGCUGCGAGCAAACCUUUACUAAAAACUAUUUUUCAGGUUAUGAUGCGCUUAUUCAGCGAUCCCCCUAAGAAAACGACGCUAAUGUUUGUUGUGCGUGACAAGCCAUCAAAGGCCCCUUUUGUACUGCUGGAGAAGCGCUUAAGGGAAGACGCAGAGAAGAUGUGGAAUGCAGUUUCAAAGCCUCAAGCCCAUAAAAAUUCCCCGCUCACUGUGUUUUUUAAUGUACAAGUAGUUGCUUUGUCCAACUAUCAAGAGAAGGAGGAGAAGUUCAAGGAGGAGGUUGCUCAACUGAGGCAGCGCUUUGUCAAUUCUAUUUCUUCAGGAGGCCUUGUUGGUGAUAAAAGGAGCGUUGUCCCUGCCUCAGGAUUUUCUCUUAGUACACAGGAGAUGUGGAGAGUAAUCAAACUGAACAAGGACCUGGACCUUCCUGCUCACAAGGUUAUGGUUGCCACUUUGCGGUGUGAAGAGAUUUCCACCGAUAUAUUCAAACAGUUGAUGGAAAAUAAAGGCUGGUUGGCAUUGCAAAAAGCUGCUGAAACUGGUCCUGUACCAGAUUUCGGUAGAAGGGUCAGCUCAAUUCUAUACAACUAUCUUUCUGAAUAUGACAAGGAGGUCGUGUACUAUGACGAAGGUGUAAGGAAGAUGAAACGACACAUGUUGGAGUCGAGAGCAUUGCAGUGUGCCCAGGCUGUGUACAAUACCAUGUUGGGACACUUAAGCUCUAAUGCAUUUGAAAGGUUUAAAGCGGGGGUGACGUCACUGGACCCAGAAAAAGGAUUUGCUGCGUCUCUUCGUGCCUGUAUUCUUUCUUCCAUGCAAGAAUUUCGCCAAGGAUGUGCUGAUGCUGCCGUACAACAUAGUAAUUGGAGUUUCUCAAGCAUUGUAGAAAAGCUUCAACGUGAUAUAAAUGCACAUGCAUUAUGUGUCCGUAGUGCAAAGUUGUCAGAAUUGAAGCACAAAUAUGAGGAACAACUUGUUGCAUGUUUAACUAGUCAAGCAGACCCAGCGUUUGCGCAUGGUGGAGAAGACAUGUGGGUUUCAAUAAGAAGAAUUCUUAUGCUUGAGACUGAAAAUGCAAUGGCAAGGUUAUCAACUAUAAAAGUUAGUUUUGAGUUGAACGAAAAAGAAUUCAACGCAAUGGGGCAAGAUUUACGCGACUUUGCCAGAAACGUGGUGGAGCAAAAAGCAAGAGACAAUAUUGUUGCUGAUAAAGUUUUGACCCAAAUGAAACUGAGGUUUGCAAGCGUCUUCUGUUACGAUAGCCAUUCACAGCCUAGGAUUUGGAAAAAGACGAAGCAAAUCACAGCUGCUACAAAAGAAGCCCGCUCUGCUUGUCUUAAGAUUUUGGCGGUUAUGUCUGUCAUUGACUUGGACGAGAAGCCGAAUUAUGUUGAAGAAAUUCUCUUUUCUUGUUUAAUGAAAGAGACUGAAGACGCUCUUCCCUCGAGCUGGCAAAAGGUUUCUUUGAAGGAUGCUUUAUUCACAUCGGCACAAUGCCAACAAUUGUGGGACAAGUUCAAAGAAAGGACUCAGAAACAUAUCGAGAAAGCUACUUCAGACGUGGUAUAUUUUAUAACGGAUCACGUCUUAUCUUACAUUUAAUUUAAUUUAAUUCCUAGAUUAUAUCGUGAAGCUUUUAUAAUUCUUUGCUACUUUGUAUUUUCAGGAGGCUCAUAAGCACCAUAAAAGGCGAUUAGCUAUAAAAUUAGCACUUGGUACGGCAGCGGCUGCGUGUAAUGUGGGUCUCGCACUUUUAGGAUCAUCACCUGGUCCUUGAUCAAUACUAGUUUAAUGCCCGAUUUUAUUUCUUGUACACGAUAUUUUUGUUUUAUGUCCGUUAAAUUUGUUUGACUUGUAGUUGAAUUGGUUAAGAACAUGAAUUCGAAUCCGCCUCUCCAAUAUCAUUUGUGUAAAAAUAAAAUAGUUUGCUUCUUGUUGAAGGUACAAAAAGUUUUAAUGUAUUUCCUUCUUUCU